UAAUAUAGUUAGAAUAAAGUGUUUUAAAGUGAAAAAUCUAGAUUCUGCAUUGUUGCUAUAAUAAGUGAAUCGACUAAAGUGCAACUCUAUUUUUAGGAAUUUAAAGCUCAAUUUCGCUUUGCAUAUACAACUACAGCUGCAUGACAAUUUCUGAUGUCGGCGUCACAACGCGGCCGCGGCAUGAGAAAACAACAAACUAAUAUCGCUCUCAUGUAAAAUAUAUGUAUAAAACGAGUUAAAAAACGAAACUGGAUUCAAUGCACAGUAGCGGAUUCUCGAAGCGCUGAUGCCAUGUCGAGUUCGGUGUUUAGCGAAACGGCCAGUGCCAGGCCAAAUGGCGCCGAUGGAGAUUCCAAUCUGGUCGUGGUAUAUAGCAAAAAUGGCAUAUCAUUUGACGAGCGAGCUAUUGAAAAUAUCAUGGAAGAGAAAUCAAUAUCAAGCAUUAGCGUUGUGCGGUUAACGUCGCCCACGCCAAGCAUGGUCGAACAGGAGGAAACUGAGCGCCUGGAGGAGUUGGAGCGUUUUCUUGAAACGGCUACAGACCGCGAAGACUCGGAGGCAGAGAGGGAUACCGAUAAUGAGAGUCAAAGCGGCGUUGAUGAGCUAAUUAGCGAAAAGGAUCAUGUUACUGGGGAUGAUAAUGAAAACACCGGUGGUGAGAAUAAUGAUGAUUCUACAGAAAAUGAAGCAGAGGCGCCUAAGGUUAAAAAGCGGCCCGGUCGCAAGCCGAAGGCGCCUAAAAAACAAAAGAAACGACGAAAACCAAAGGAACGUCCACAAAUUGUUGGACUCAGCGUAGAGCAGUUUUACGCGGAUAACUGCGCCGAUAUGGUGGUGAAAAAUGCUCUUAAAUUGGCUGGACUGUCCAUUUUCAAACGCACGCCAGAAACAGAUUCCCUACUGGAGAUUAUCAGAAACGAUCACAACUACACGCCAUUUACUUCACCGGAACAAAUGAAGGCCAAAAAGACGGCUGAGAAACUGAUGAUGGAAAGGCAAACAGUACAAGGACGCAAAUUUAUCGUGCAGACUCAGCCUCACAUGAAAGUGUUGAAUGCAAAGAAGCGUUUCCAGGUGGUGCCUUUCAACCAGGUGCAAACGACACCGCAUCAUCCUCCCAGACAACUGCAACCAGUGCCCAGGCCACAAUUACCCAAGCAAUUGCAACCGCCGCCAAUAGCAAAGCAACAGCAAACACUUAUUGUGGCGGGUCCACGACCAAUUCGCAGUAGUGUCAAGGUGAUCAGUUCUGCGGAUGACCUCGUUGAGGAUGAUGAAGAUGCCAACAGUUCGGCAACCGCUGACGAGGAGAAUGCUGACACCGAGGAACUUAGCGAACCGAGCGAUGCAUCCCGUGAAACUGACAACGAUCGAGACAGCGACAUUGAUUUUAAGAUGAACAACAGCCGUAAUUCGAACAAACGCAAGCGCAUUAAGAAACUAUCCAAGCGACCACAAGCACAGACAACACGCGGCCAGAUUGUGCAUAUACCUAAGAUGUCACAGCCACCUGCAGCGCCACAAUUCCCUAAUUUAAAAAGACGAAAGGAGCAGUCGGAUAAUAAUUUAAUAAGUCCAGCAAUUGGUCAGAUUGUUCAACUUAAUACUAAAGCGCCAACAUCAGUGAUCGCCUUGGGUCGCAGUAUACCGAGUACAUCGUUUUUAAAAAUGCGCCCGACUCAUAAAUCCCUGCCAACAACAUCUCCACUAACGCCUGAAGCAAGCAGAAUGAGUGCGUCGGCAGCCGCCUCCAAAGUGCGUCGAACACCAAUUGUCCAAGUGGGUCAUGUGCUGAAUACACCGCCAGGUGGAUUUGUGACGCCGCCGCAGGACAUUAAAGAGAUUAUAAUAAAUAAGAAUCUAUCGAGCCCCAAGGGUGUGUUCACCAAUUUAAACAGUCUGCUGGCUGACAAUAACAAUACGACACUGCUUACAUCCUCACCGGAUCUUGGCAAGCAGCGUCUACUUGCUGCGCCCAUCACACCCAAAUCGAGCUUAAACACUAUGUCACCGUCGACGGCUGCACCAUCUAAAGGGUUUAUGCCCAUUGGCGUGGAGACGGCGACUUCUCACAAGUUACCCGCACAGAUUGUUAUCGAAACGCAUCAGAGCUCCUCUGAGUUGGCAGCCGAAAACGACAAACAACUUGAUCUCAUUAACUCUAUAGUUCAGGAUGAGUUGCUGAAGGCUUCGUUGGUCGACCAGCCACAAGCGAGUGCCGAUGAGACCAUACCCAAGUUGGUCAAAAUGCUAGAGAGCAGCGCUGCGGGCUUGGAGCCAAAAGUAGAAGUCGUUAAUGUACCACAACCGUCCGAUUUUAAUACCAACAUACAAACAAACAAUACUGCUGUGGAUAACGUUGACAUAGCCAAUGCUCGUUUGCUAGAAACGCCAGAUGAGGAUGAAAUAACUGCAGAUUUUCUGCAACAUGUUGUGGGUCUCAUAGAGGAGGAUAAACAGUUCGAGGCCGAAGUUGUUAAACAAGUGCUGGCCAGUACGGAGACGGGUGGCCUUGAUGCCAUUGCAAACGCUGUGGCGCCACCAAUCUUCGGCACGGCACCCCAGUUGUCGACUCUCCCGCAGCCGCAGCCUGAUGAUUUCCCCGCCAUCAUUGUGACGAAUUCUUUGACCAAUUCACCCAUGGCCAGCAGCACGCCCUCUCGCAGCAUAGCAACAAUAUCAUCUAUGUCAUCGUUGUCGUCACGGCCUGAGGUGAAGGUUGUGAGGGGUAAUGGCCGUGUUAUUUACCUGCCACCAAUUGAGGCACCCACAACUCGAGCAAAGCGGCGUGCUCAGAACCCAGGUUCAUCGACGACCACGUCGGAUACUAGUAAUAUUUCGGUGUGUGAACCAAUGUUGGAUAACAGCCAAUUGGCCAACAGCAGCUUUGAAAGUGACAGUUUUCUGUCACAAAUAGGCGGUGUACCAAGAAAACAGUUGACAAAGGAUUCUGCUACAAGUGUAAGGCGGCCCAGAAGGGAAAAUAAGCCGAAUAUCAGUCAAGCCAAUGAUGCGGAUGCCUCAGAAUCUCAAGAGGACGAUGAUGAUCCCAAUAAACUAUGGUGCAUUUGUCGUCAGCCGCACAAUAAUCGAUUCAUGAUAUGUUGCGAUCUUUGCGAAGACUGGUACCACGGCACUUGUGUCAGCGUUACAAAGGCCAUGGGUCUGGAAAUGGAACAAAAGGGCAUUGACUGGAAGUGUCCCAAGUGCGUUAAAAAGCAGGAGGAAAAGAACCAACCACGGAUCACGGACAUGUUGUUACCCAAGCAAAACUCAGAGCCGACGGAGAGUGCGACGUUACCUAAGCAACCAAGUGACACCAAAGUAACAACGGAGCCUCAGGAACUUACGCCUAAGAGGUUGCCGGUUGUUUCAAUGGCCGGAAUGUCUUUACCAACAAGCACAUCAGUAAUUGCGAAGCAACCGAAACGCCUGCUUAUCACAAAGCCACAGCCUAAAAUGUUGCAACAGCAACAGUUGCAGUUUAUAAAGCUUGGCGGGAACAACGUACAAUCCACGUCGGAUGUUGCCUGUGUGGUUUGCAAGCGUCCAGCGCGGAUCAACUCAGUUUAUUGCAGUGACGAAUGCAUUCGCAAGUAUGCUCAGUCCGCCAUCCAGGCACAGACUGUGGCCAAGACACCCGAGCCCGCCAUUCAAGCGAUUCCCCAGGCGCCACUGGUAAAUGCUCUUGAGACCAAAAAGAACAAAAAGAAGGAUCUGUUUGAGGAUGUGCUGCGACAGGCUGAUUCAGUAUCAAAGGUAGAGCGGAUCAAUGUGUUUGAGCGUCGAAGCGGACGGGCCAUUACAGGUCACAUGGCGCCCAGUGCACAGCAGCUGAAGAAAUGGCUGCAGGAUAAUCCUAGUUUUGAGGUAGUCCAGCCAGGCAGUGUGCAGGCACUGGAAAUAGAGCGACGUCAAAGUAAGCGCAUCCCGGAACUGUCUUCGCCAGAGUCUCCAGCAUCAAAAUCUCCUUUGUCAGUACAAUUACAUAAACCUGCUGAAGCCCCUAGCAAGUCUAUUCAGCUGCUAUCACCCUUGCCCAACACGUCCAGGAAGGAGAAGCUCUUGGUCAAGCCCACGACUUCCCAGAGGCGCUCGCCUGAUAAGAACAAUACGGAGCGAUCUGUGAACAAGUCACAGCCAGAACCCAUACGGCUUAAUGUGCGUCGCACUCUUAAGGAGCAGGUGCUGGCACGUAUAAAGGAGGCACAGGCAGCUGCUCAGCCAACAAGCAACUCCGAGUGGCUGUCGGAGACGGAAGUGGAGCAUUUUGUGAAGAGAGUGGAGUCGGAAAUGUAUCAUUCGUUUGGACGCGAUGUGAGUGCCAAGUACAAGUCCAAGUAUCGAUCCCUCAUGUUUAACAUCAAGGAUCGCAAAAAUAAAACACUUUUCGAAAAGAUAUGUGCCAAGCAAGUGGAACCCAAGCAGCUAGUUAGAAUGACACCGGCUGAAUUAGCCAGCCAAGAGCUGGCAAAGUGGCGGGAGGAAGAGAAUCGUCAUCAGUUGGAUAUGAUCAAAAAGUCCGAGCUGGAUUUGUUGUCAUGCGCACAAAACUAUAUGGUAAAGACUCACAAGGGUGAGGAGGUUAUCGAAACGAAGGUGGACGUAACGCUACCAGACGAGGAAUUGGAGCAGGAUGCAAAUAAUGAUGUGCUGGAUAGCUCCGAUAGCAAAAAGUUAUCCCAGUCUACGGAACCAUUAAGCGUCACAGAUGGUUCCAGCAAGGAUAUCGACCUCGAACGAUCCACACUCAAAGAGAAGGUCGCCAAGUCGAGAGAAAAGGAGCGCAGUGGUGAACGGGACAGAGACAAAGAAAGGGGACGUGAUAAGCGUCACAAAAGCCACAAGCAUCAUCAUCAGAGUGGCACUAAAAGAAGCCGCAGUCGGUCUAGCAGUCACGGUCGCACCACGGAGAAGCGAGGCCACAAGAAGCAUCAUCAUGAGCAUGAUUUGGAUAAGGAUAAGGAAAAGGAGCAGCUAUUGCGCGACAAGCAACUCGUUAAGGAUCGUUCUGAUAAAGUUCAAUCUCCGCUGCACAAGAAACAAGCUGAAAAGAAAGCGGAGCCUUUAUUGGCUUUCAGUUUGAUUGACCAAAUUUUGGAGUCCGAGAAAACAGUCGAACAGGCGGCCAAUUUAAUACAGCCCACAAAGCAGACUCUGAAGUCUGUGCCUUUGUCUGUUACAGUUGCGACAAAGCUCACAGUCAAACCGGAGUCACGUGCAUCGAAUUUAGAUAAAUACGGUCGAUAUCUUCAAAGCCUGUCCAGUCCGGCACUUUGGUCUGGCAAUUUGCAUAUGGUGGAUGUCACUGAUUUUGAUGUGGUCAUUCAUCCUGUGCACGGCGACACAACGCAACUGGCAAAGCUUCUGCCUACGAAUUUAGAUGUCAUUGGUCGCAUAACGCGUGUUAACGUCUGGGACUAUCUUAAGAAAAUUAAGAAGAGUCCAACCAAGGAGAUUGUUAUUGUCAAUUUGUUUCCCGCUGCUGCCUCGAACACCUUUAACUUUGACAGUUUCUUCGAAUAUCUUGAUUCGCGGCAGCGACUUGGUGUUCUGGGCGCAGAUUCAGAACAGAUUCGUGAUUUUUAUAUAUUCCCUUUGGGUAGCGGCGACAAAUUGCCCAGUGUGCUACAUACAACAGACACUGUGCCCUUUUAUGAGGAUGCACAACGUCCAAACACGCUGCUGGGAAUAAUCGUACGCUGCUUGAGCAAACGAUUGGUUAACAUGAGCCAACCGCAGCCACUGUCAUUACCCACUGCCAGCAACAAGACUGCUAAGGUAUCAAACAAAACACGUACUAGGACGACAUUCACUCCCCCCAGCAGUCCGAAACGCAAGCAUAGCACGCAUUCGACAAGCUCCAGGGAUGAUGAGUUCGAUAUUGAUGCAAUCAUCAAAGCACCCAUUGCCAAGUUGCAUAAAACAAACGUUUCAAUAGAUUCGAGAGCUAGCUUAGAUGAUCCCAAUGCACCGUAUUCACCUGGCGGUAGCUCUGAUGACAACGACGACACCUUGCCAACGUCGAUUCCGGGCAACAAGAAUGAUCUGGAGCGCAAGGUUGAUGAAAUUAAUAAGCAAAUCGCUGCCCAGCGCAUGGAAAUUGCUGGCCUACUAAAUGUCGAGUCAUCUGUUUUAAAUAAACCCUCGUCAUCAGCCAGUGUGCUAGCCAACAUAUCGAUUCCACCUGAUCUGACUAAGAUAUUGGCCAGCAUUAAGGAUAAAACUGAGACAAAUGUCAAAGCAAUGUCUGCUGAUGAUGAGGAAUACAAUCCAGAGGAUGUCAUCACCUUAAGCAGCUCAUACGGCAUGGGAAUUCGAAAUCCGGAUAGUGCAACCAGAACCAAGAGUCGCUUGGCGCAGCUAAGUGAAGCUGAGCUUCUUAGUAUGGUGCCAGACAAUCUGGUGGAUCUGCCCCCAACGACAUCCACCAGAAGCGAUGAGCCCCCACCGCCUGGUGUUUAGGUUAAGAAUAUGUUCAGUACGAUAACAAUAGUUAUAAUCUAGUUGAUAGAAUUAGCGCGUGUACGUGACUAGCUUUCAUUUACCUGUUAUAGCUUUGAAUGGAAUUCAAUUAUUCAUUUGCUUUUGAUUCUCGCUCCUGAAUUACGAGUACGCCUUUCAUUUUGUACAUUCUCACACUCGACAAAUUGAAUACCAUUUCUGUAUUAUAUCCAGUAAUCGGAACAAUUGAAUAUAUGUCUUCGUUCGGAUACAGUUGGUUUAUAUUUUUUAUUAAACAAAUUAUAUAUUAACAUAAUUGCGGUGUCUUUGCCAAACAGAUUCAGAAAUUGUAGUGUUUUAAUAAGCAUACCAACUAACCUUCUAAGUACGUGUACAUUUUUCUUAAA